UCUUUGAGAUGUGAUUGGACAACAUUUGAGUUUUACCUGAUAUAAAUAGAUGAGUGAAGGACUUAGCAAACACUCAAAGGCAAAUCCCUCACCUCAAACAGCAAACCCACCAAAGAAUCAAGAAUCAUGAGGUACGAUGUACUAUUUCAUUUGAUGCUCCUCCUGCCAAUGUACUCAGGUUACACUUACCAAAAUGUGGCUUUGCGUGGCAAAGCUACACAGUCUUCUCAGUACAAAGGGGAGCCGUGGAAUGCAUUUGUAGGUGCCUCCAAUGCUAUUGAUGGAAACCUAAAUGCUGACCUUACAAAGGGAUCUUGCACCCACACUGAUACAGAAAACAACCCCUGGUGGAGAGUGGACCUGCUGGACUCAUAUAUAGUCACCCAGGUCAUCAUCACCAACAGAGGAGACUGCUGUGCAGAGCAACUCAAUGGUGUGGAGGUUCGCAUCGGAAACUCUUUACGACAAGACGGCACUGCAAACCCACUGGUUGCUACCGUUUCUACUGUUGCAGCUGGAAGCUCUUAUGCAAUGAAUUUUACUGAGCAUGUGGAAGGACGUUAUGUGAUCAUUAUAGCACCUGGUGUGAACAGAGUUCUACAUGUCUGUGAAGUGGAGGUCUAUGGAUACCGCGCCCCGACUGAAGAAAAUGUGGCAGUUUAUGGAAAAGCUUCACAGUCAACAGUUUAUCCUGGAGCCAUUGCCUACUACGCUAUCGAUGGGUAUCGCGAAGGCCGCUUUAGCCAGAGUUCCUGCAGUGCCACAAAUAAUGACUUUAGCCCCUGGUGGAGACUGGACCUGGGAAGAACCCAUAAAGUGUUCAAUAUUAACAUAACCAAUCGGGUUGAAGUUCCCACUCGAAUUAAUGGAGCUGAAAUUCGUAUUGGAGAUUCACUUGACAACAAUGGAAAUAACAAUCCCAGGUGUGCUGUGAUCUCAACCAUCGCUCCAGGUUUUACUGAAACCUUUCAAUGCAACGGCAUGGAUGGUCGAUACGUCAACGUUGUCAUUCCUGGAAGAAAUGAAUAUCUCACUCUGUGUGAGGUGGAAGUGUACGCAUCGAGACUGGAUUGCAAAUCCCUCACCUCAAAAAGAAAACCUACCAAAGAAUCAAGAAUCAUGAGGUACGAUGUACUAUUUCAUUUGCUGCUCGUCCUGCCAGUGUGCUCAGCUUACACUUAUCAAAAUGUGGCUUUACGAGGCAAAGCUACACAGUCUUCUCAGUUCUUAGGGGAACCGUGGAAUGCAUUUGUAGGUGCUUCCAAUGCUAUUGAUGGAAAUCUAAAUGCUGACCUUGCAAAGGGAUCUUGCACCCACACUGGUACAGAAAACAACCCCUGGUGGAGAGUGGACCUACUGGACUCAUAUAUAGUCACCCAGGUCAUCAUCACCAACAGAGGAGACUGCUGUGCAGAGCGACUCAAUGGUGUGGAGGUUCACAUCGGAAACUCUUUACAAAAAGAUAUCACUGCAAACCCACUGGUUGCUACCAUUUCUGCUGUUGCAUCUGGAAGCUCUUAUGUAAUAAAAUUUACUAAGCGUGUGGAAGGACGUUAUGUGAUCAUUAUAUUACCUGGUGCGCAGAAGACUCUACAUAUCUGUGAAGUGGAGGUCUAUGGAUACAGCGCCCCGACUGACGAAAAUGUGGCAGUUUAUGGAAAAGCUUCACAGUCAACAGUUUAUCCUGGAGCCUUUGCCUACUUUGCUAUCGAUGGGAACCGUGCAGCACUGUGGAGCCAGAGUUCCUGCAGUGCCACAAAUAAUGACUAUAACCCCUGGUGGAGACUGGACCUGGGAAGAACCCAUAAAGUGUUCAAUAUUACCAUAACCAAUCGGGUUGAAGUUCCCACUCGAAUUAAUGGAGCUGAAAUUCGUAUUGGAGAUUCACUUGACAACAACGGAAAUAACAAUCCCAGGUGCACUGUGAUCUCAACCAUCGCUGCAGGUGGUACUGAAACCUAUCAGUGCAACGGCAUGGAUGGUCGAUACGUCAACGUUGUCAUACCUGGAAGAAAUGAAUAUCUCACUCUGUGUGAGGUAGAAGUGUACGCAUCGAGACUGGAUUCAAACGCUCAAAGGCAAAUCCUCACCUCAAACAGCAAACCCACCAAAGAAUCAAGAAUCAUGAGGUACGGUGUUCUGUUUCAUUUGCUGCUCUUCCUGCCAGUGUGCUCAGUUUACACUUGCCAAAAUGUGGCUUUACGAGGCAAAGCUACACAGUCUUCUCAGUUCUUAGGGGAUCCGUGGAAUGCAUUUGUAGCUCCCUCCAAUGCUAUUGAUGGAAACCUAAAUGCUGACCUUGCAAAGGGAUCUUGCACCCACACUGGUACAGAAAACAACCCCUGGUGGAGGGUGGACCUGCUGGAUUUGUAUAUAGUCACCCAGGUCAUCAUCACCAACAGAGGAGACUGCUGUGCAGCACAACUCAAUGGUGUGGAGGUUCGCAUUGGGAACUCUUUACGACAAGACGGCACUGCAAACCCACUGGUUGCUACCGUUUCUACUGUUGCAGCUGGAAGCUCUUAUGCAAUGAAUUUUACUGAGCGUGUGGAAGGACGUUAUGUGAUCAUUGUAGCACCUGGUGUGAACAGGGUUCUACAUGUCUGUGAAGUGGAGGUCUAUGGAUACCGCGCCCCGACUGACGAAAAUGUGGCAAUUUAUGGGAAAGCUUCACAGUCAACAGUUUAUCCUGGAGCCAUUGCCUACUACGCUAUCGAUGGGAACCGCGCAGCACUGUGGAGCCAGAGUUCCUGCAGUGCCACAAAUAAUGACUUUAGCCCCUGGUGGAGACUGGACCUGGGAAGAACCCAUAAAGUGUUCAAUAUUAACAUAACCAAUCGGGUUGAAUUUCCCACUCGAAUUAAUGAAGCUGAAAUUCGUAUUGGAGAUUCACUUGACAACAACGGAAAUAACAAUCCCAGGUGUGCUGUGAUCUCAACCAUCGCUCCAGGUUUUACUGAAACCUUUCAAUGCAACGGCAUGGAUGGUCGAUACGUCAACGUUGUCAUACCUGGAAGAAAUGAAUAUCUCACUCUGUGUGAGGUGGAAGUGUACGCAUCAAGACUGGAUUAAAGUUACUAAGUUUUCAUGACAUCACUAUGGUUUAAAGUUAAAGCUGAAUGAUUCAUUUUUACCACUAGAGAGUGUAAAAAGUCUUAUGAAUAUCUGAUUGUAUUGAAAACCAAAAUAAAACUCACUAUGGGGAAAGCAGUUCUGAGCUGGGGUAGGCCUCUGAUGAAACAAUCACGUGUUUUUGGGACACUGUGGGAUGCUUGCUGGGUCUGAUUUUGAAAGAUAAGCAACAACUUGAGACUACAGGUUGAAAAACUAAUAAAAAAGAAAGAGCAACAAAUUUAUCGGUUAAUUUAAAAUGAAGAGCUAUAAUGUGUAACUUUCAAAUCUUGUCUUUUGAACAGAAUCUGUCGGACUGAUUAUCUAUCAUAUCUAUCAGACAAUCAAACUAUUUUAUGAUAGGUCUCUUUCAUUCUGUGGUUUAUUCAACUGGUCUGAAAUCUGGUGUGUAUUUCUUUAUUAAAUCACUAUAAUAAGUCUGCAAA